AAAGUCUCAGUAUUCAGGCUGGGGAGGUGGAAAGCGUGCAAAUUAUAUCCAUCCCUGUCGCCACAUACUUCACUUGAAAGCAUCUUCUUUCAAUUCAAUAUACCAAAAAUCACUACAACCUACUCUAUAAAACGCCCAUAAAAACCAUCUCCAUUCAUCAACCAUUCCAUCCAUCUCUCACCACUCUAAUUAAACUCUACAGCGCACCCAUGGCUUCCUCCUCCAACACCACUAAACUCCUCCUGCUCCUCAUUGCCACGGCGGCUGCCACGGCGGCGGCCCGGGACUUCUCCAUCGUGGGCUACUCCUCCGACGACCUCACCUCCACCGACAAGCUGAUCGACCUGUUCGAGUCGUGGAUGGAGAAGCACUCCAAGAUCUACGAGUCCAUCGAGGAGAAGAUCCAGCGAUUCGAGAUCUUCAAGGACAACCUCUUCCACAUCGACGACACCAACAAGAAGGCUACCAACUACUGGCUGGGGCUCAACGAGUUCGCCGACCUCACCCACGACGAGUUCAAGAACAACUACCUCGGCCUCAGGCCGUCCCCAGUGAUGGAGAUCAGGCCAAGCUCCGUCACAGGACACACGGUUUCGGUCGACGAGGAGGUGGAGGGCGGCGGCAUUCCCAAGGCGGUGGACUGGAGGAAGAAGGGGGCGGUGACGGCCGUGAAGAACCAAGGGUCGUGCGGCAGCUGCUGGGCGUUCUCCACCGUGGCGGCGGUGGAAGGGAUCAACCAGAUCGUGACGGGGAACCUGACGGCGCUGUCGGAGCAGGAGCUCAUCGACUGCGACACGGCUUACAACAGCGGAUGUAACGGCGGCCUCAUGGACUACGCUUUCUCCUACAUUGCGUCCAGCGGUGGGCUCCACAAGGAGGAGGAUUACCCUUACGUCAUGGAGGAAGGCACCUGCGAGAUGACCAAGGCGGCGGAUGCUGCGGUGGUGACGAUUACUGGGUACAAGGACGUGCCGGCGAACAACGAGCAGGCGCUGCUGAAGGCGCUGGCCGGCCAGCCGCUUAGCGUCGCCAUUGAUGCCUCCGGGAGGGACUUCCAGUUCUACAGUGGGGGUGUGUUCGACGGGCACUGCGGGACGAGCUUGGACCACGGGGUGGCAGCGGUCGGGUACGGGUCGGGUGGGAAGGGACUGGACUACGUGAUCGUGAAGAACUCGUGGGGGCCCAAAUGGGGAGAGAAGGGCUUUAUUCGGAUGAAGAGGAACACCGGCAAGCCCGAGGGGAUGUGUGGGCUUUACAAGAUGGCUUCCUAUCCUACCAAAUCCAAAUGAUAAACAUUCAUCAUCUUUCCUUAAUCCACACUAUACAUUUCCUACUUUGUUUUUUUUUUUUUUUUUUCCUGUCUUCUUGAAAAAUAAUUAACGGCCACUUUAAUCUUGAUUCCAUCAUUUUUACUUCAGAUUGUUCUUACUUUGUAUCCAAUUAAUUAUUGGAUUUCAGAGGUGGCAGCAGUGACUGAUGUAAACUCAUGCCAUGCAUGCAUGAGUCAUGACAUGGAUGUGUACGUGGAAGCUUUAAUUGAAACAUAAUUCAAUUCCACCUUUACUUUUCUAAAUUCUAAUCAAAUGAUUGUGGGUUUCCGGUGUUAUUAGGUGUGUCAAUUUGUAUCCCGCAUGAAAGUUGAGUUGAAGCCGAAUUGAAUUGCACAUUUGACUUUUAACCAAACCACUACUAAACAUGUUUUACACUUCAUUGAAAAAAGUUCAAAUAAGGGUCUUCAAUUUUUCUGAUGAUCUACGAGACAAAGUUAAUUAUAUUAAAUUAACAUGCUUCUCUGGAGGUUCAAUGAGAGCUCCAGAACUACAACUCUAGCUAAAUUUAAAGAGGGUAAGAUAAAAAGAUAAAAUUUGACAUUAAGUUGUCUGGUGUGAAUUUGACUAACCCCUCCUCUGUCAUCUUCAUCUCAUAUUUAUAGCCACAAGAGGUAACUUCAUUGGGAAACUACUCAACCAAAGUGAAGUGACAUUUUCCAACUGCCAUUAGAUCAAUACUAGCCAUUAGAUAGGGGUGACAGUGACAACGAAGACUAUAGUUCAAUCUAUUGCAUCAGCCAUAGACAGAGCACAUAUACACUUUCCACAUGAAUCAUAGUACAAGUUUAAGCGUUAUCAGCUAAUAACACGCAUCCACCACAGGAAGAUGCAUCAACAUAGGUCCAUAUAGCCACGGUUUCUCAUUAUCUUAGGUAAUGCACAUAAAUACAUUCACACACAGGGCUACUAAGACUACAUAUUGUAAAAAAGCUAAUAAAGUAAUGUUCAAACCAGUUUUCCAAUAUCUUAAUCCGAAGUGAAUAUACUGCAUCAUUUGCUACAACUAGUAAGAUGAUUUUGUGCUAACUAAUUGUAAAUAAGCACAUAAGGAAAUACUGAGCAAAGACACAAAAGGGGAAUGAUAGCUACAUUCUUCAUAUCAUAGUCAUUACCCUUUAAUUUACUAGGUUGGAUUCUGACCCAUAAGGUCUUGUUUCUACUUACUAGUUUUUUUCUCCCUGCUAGCCAUACAACUUGGCUCCCUCCACAAUCCCAUCAGCCCAUCAUUCUUCAAAGAAUUGAAGGCCACAAGUUUGGUUCAAAGGAAAUGUUGAGCGAUCAAUCGAGGUCUAAGCCAUAUUCUCAAACAUUGCCAUUAGGUCCUGAUGGUUUUGAUGAACCAGCUACAGGAGAAGCAACACUUGAUUUUGUUGAACCAACUAUAGGAAAAGCAUAACUUGGAAUCCUACAUUUCAUCACCACACCUUCAAGUAUCUCAUCUCGGCAGGUAGGAACAAAGAGUUGCAGUUCGAUGAGUCUGGGCAACUUAAUAUCCCAAUAUGAAUUGUCCCACUCAGGCAGAGUUCUUCAACCUUUUGCUUGAAUUAUCCUAGGAAGCUACCCAGAAAAUCUAAAGUGGGCGGCCGCACCCCUUGUAUUUGCACGGAUCCAUCUCGGUGCAUCAUGCAUUUCAUAUCCCCUACACCAAGAAAUGGAGAGAAUUUGUGUUUGUCUUGCGCAUCUCUAACACACUAAAUUCGAACCUAAGCAAAUUUGAGUUGGAGCAAUCAAAAAAUGACCCAGAUCACAGCCUAACUGUCCUAAUUCUUCAUUAUUCCAUCUUUCUUCCAGAGAUAAAUAAACAAUUAUUCAAUACGAGUAUUCUGGCAUAAAGUGAAGGAAUCGAUAUUCAAGCAACUAGGCUCUGAUACCAUACGAAAGAACUUGAACUAGCUCUCGUGUUGCUAGGGUUUGACAGAAAGAAGAGUCGGGAUUUUGGGAAUCAACAAGAUGCCUUUCACCAUUUUCCAUUGAUUUGUAUAUAUAUGCACUAAGAAAGCUACUACUACUAGGCUAACUAGAUAACUAUAAUAAUUAAACUAACUAAUCACAUCACGACAAGUGUUGCUUAAUUAAUGCUAAUUACAUUG